AUGGGAAAUAAAUUGCGAUCCAUUGCGGCGGCGAUAGUUGGUGUGCACAUAGUCUUUGUACGUGCUAUUCCGCCAGCAGGUCACGAUACGCCUCUGUGCUCCGCGACUUCGGAGGCCCCAAAUACGUUCAAUGUACAGAAUAUUAAGUAUGCGUUGCGUAACCCGCCUCUUGUCGGACGGCUCCAGCUCGAUGUGACCAACCGGGCAACAAAUGUCACUACACAUUGCGAUAUUGCGGGUCCGCAAUUGACCCCUAGCCAGUUUGAGUCGGGCAAUCCAGAUGAACUUUGGACGUCUUGCGACGAGGAUGUCGAGCCACCGGCGGGUUCUGAGAGAUACUAUACCGUUGACACGGAUGUGCUCUUCGACAGAAAAUCGACGCGCUUGGUUAUCAAUCAGACAUGGUACUGUGACGAUGUCACCCUGGAGUAUCCGUGA